ACGUCACUGAUACAGUUCAUGCGUAACCUUGGUCACCGCGCAUCUUCCAUCCAAUAGGCUGAACCGUUUCAUGUCAGCGGGUAGCCUAGGUCGUUGCGCAUGGAAGCCGUAUGAAUGUAAUAUGGUCCAGGAGGAACAGUAUAGGCUAUUCAUUAAUAUGUUAUAUCUCUCUUUUUAUUCGCUGCACGGAAAAUACAUACAAAGCUUGCUGUAAACUGGUUGAAUUUUGCAAAUUGAAUCGACUGACUCGCACUUUUACUCGGUGGUUCUCAUAAUCUGUCAGAUUGCCGGCGAGUAAUACUGCAGUCGAUGCUGCAGUUUUAGGAUCUCGCACCGGGCUCUGUGCUGCGACAGCAGAGUCAAUGAAAAAGACAUGCUUGCCUUCGUUCUGGUGACUGGGUCUAUUUGGAUUAUAUUAGAGCUGAGUUCCACCCUGAUGGAGAGAAUGCAGGCCCAGGAGUUGUUGAGCAGCCUGAGGCUGCCCGAGUUGGAUGAGUUGAGCCAGUUUUUCCGCUCCCUGCCCACCUCCACACUGGUUGGUAUCGGCGCCCUUACUGCAGUGCUUGCCUACUGGCUAGCAACACGACCACGCGCCAUCUCCCCUCCAUGUAACCUCCGACACCAAUCACAGGAAGUGGCGCAUGAAGAUGGGGGUCGCAGGUCUAUGCUCGGGGACAACCCUGAUAAGCUGCUGACACACUACCAUGAGGACGCCAAAACCAUGUAUGAGGUGUUCCAGAGAGGCCUCCACAUAGCCGGGGAUGGACCUUGCUUAGGAUCCCGGCUCCCCAACCAGCCAUAUAAAUGGCUGUCUUAUAAAGAGGUCACGACCCGGGCAGAGCACUUGGGAUCGGGGUUGUUGGCCCAGGGCUGUAUACCGUGCCCAGAUCAGUUCAUUGGAGUGUUCGCGCAGAACAGGCCAGAGUGGAUCAUUUCGGAGCUGGCCUGCUACACGUACUCCAUGGUGGUGGUACCUCUGUAUGACACGCUAGGACCCGACGCCAUACGAUACAUCAUCAACACUGCUGACAUUACGACAGUUAUCUGCGACAAGCCUGAGAAGGCCCAGGUGCUGCUGGGUAAUGUGGAGAGGCAGGAGACCCCAGGCCUGAAGAGAAUAAUCCUGAUGGACCACUUCGAACCUGACUUGCUGGAACAUGGGGUGGGCUGCGGGGUCAUUGUCCAGUCCAUGCAAGCCGUGGAGGCUCUGGGCAGAGAGAACCACAGAAAGCCUAUACCACCUGCACCGGAGGACUUGUCCAUUGUCUGCUUCACCAGUGGCACCACGGGAAACCCAAAGGGGGUAAUGCUAACACAUGGCAACGUCGUGGCUGAUUUCUCAGGCUUCCUUAAAGUGACUGAUAAAGUAAUCUUCCCAAACCAAGACGAUGUCCUCAUCUCCUUCCUGCCUCUGGCUCACAUGUUUGAGAGGCUCAUUGAGUCUGUGGUGUACUGUCACGGAGGCCGCAUCGGCUUUUUCCAAGGCGACAUCCGUCUGCUGUCGGACGACAUGAAGGCCCUACGACCCACCAUCUUCCCCGUGGUGCCCAGGUUACUCAACCGCAUGUAUGACAAGAUCUUCAGCCAAGCUAAUACCCCCCUGAAGCGCUGGCUGCUGAACUUUGCUGCUAAGAGAAAAGGUGCAGAGGUCAGCAGCGGGAUCAUCCGCAUGGACAGCCUAUGGGAUAAGAUAUUCUUCUCUAAGAUACAGGCCAGCCUGGGCGGGAGGUUACGAAUGAUCAUAACUGGAGCUGCUCCGGCCUCCCCGACUGUCCUGGGGUUCCUGAGGGCUGCCUUGGGUUGCCAGGUGUACGAAGCUUAUGGCCAGACUGAGUGCACUGCCGGAUGUACCUUCACCACUCCUGGAGACUGGACCUCAGGUCACGUUGGAGCCCCGCUGCCCUGCAACCUCAUCAAGUUGGUGGAUGUUGCCGAGAAGAACUACUUUGCAGACAAGGGUGAAGGAGAAGUGUGUGUGAAGGGACCGAAUGUGUUCAAAGGCUACCUCAAAGAUCCAGAGAGAACUGCUGAAACCCUGGAUAAAGACGGCUGGCUGCACACUGGAGACAUAGGGAAGUGGUUACCUAACGGCACGCUAAAGAUCAUUGACAGGAAGAAGCACAUCUUUAAGCUGGCCCAAGGAGAGUACAUCUCCCCCGAGAAGAUAGAGAACAUCUACAUCCGCAGUGAACCUGUGGCCCAGCUCUAUGUCCAUGGUGACAGCUUACAGUCCUGCCUGGUGGCCAUAGUUGUUCCUGACCCAGAGACAAUGCCAGCCUGGGCCAUGAAGAAAGGCAUGGAGGGGAGCUAUCGGGACCUCUGUAAAAAUACUGUCCUUAAAAAGGCCAUCAUGGAAGACCUGCAGCGUCUGGGCAAGGCCAGUGGCCUCCACUCAUUUGAGCAGGUGAAAAAUAUCUGCCUCCAUAACGAGCAGUUCUCCAUACAGAAUGGCUUGUUGACUCCCACACUUAAAGCGAAGAGACCCGAGCUGAAGGAGUUUUUUAAGGAGAAGAUUGAAGAAAUGUACGAAAACAUCUCCAUAUGAAACACAACCCGAACAAAGCCCGGUUCCCAGCAACACUUUUUUUUUUUUUCACACCUUUUCACUCCAAAUCCAUCCGCGGUCUCAAAUCAAACAAAUAAGUGACUGACUGUGGGUCAGGAAGGACACGUUGUCAUAGUUCUCCAACACCCACUGGCAAGUGCUGCCCUCUGUUCUAGAGCAGCCUAUGUAAAGCUCCAACCAAAUCAGCCUCCUGUCCAUCCUGAAACAGCAGCCACAAGUCAACAUAGCCUGCAUGCUCCUUCUGUUUUCUUUUGUAGGCAUUUGAAAACAUCACACACACACACGAACACACACAAAAAUCAAGGCAAUUCUUUUUUGUUUGUUUUCACGACGAUGCGCUGAGAGGGUUUGUCAUGUUAAAACUUGCAGACCUAGGCUAAGGGCAGAGCAUGCAGUUUGCCCUGCAUCGCCGUGGCCAUUGUUACAUGAGAUUUCAAGAUGAGUUCUGGCAUUUUAGGCAUUCAACAACAGCCACACCACCACCGUCAACAGUCACCCCAGAAGGCUUUCUCAUGUAGUCAAGAUCGACAAGCUCCACUCAGUGACAGAGGCUAGAACAAAAUGGACAGUAAAAAUGUGGGUUUACUUAGUGCAAAUGGCUAUAGGCUUCUGAGUCAUGUUCCGUUCCAAAUUAUUAUUAUGUGAAUGUACAUAUUGAGGACCAUUAGACAUAGGCAUAUUUAAGCACAUGUUUGAUUUUUUUUUUUUUUGCGUGUAGUGAGAUUAAUUUAAACUUUAUUUAUUCUGUUAUCAAAUGGGAUCAGGACCAUAUCCUUGUAUUGAAUGAGUGGAGCAUUAGGGAUUAGGGAAUGGGGAGGGAAGGGGCAGAGAAAAAUAAAAUACAUUCUGGAAUGAUUUUAAUUUAUUCUUCAUUCUUUGUCAUGUCAAGCGAUGCUCAAACGAACAGAAAGAGUUAUCUUUGCAUAGCAACACAUUCAUUUGGCUGGGCGAACACAAUGGUGACACAGACCUUGACAGUAAUCACGGUGGUGACAUUAGCCUAAGCUGAUACUGAUCACAGUGAUGAUAUGGGGUGAUUUCCGCAUGUGUAACACAGAUACCAGACAUUUUUAUCCUGUUUUUUUGGAGCCUACUGAAGUUAACACAGUUGGUACUGUGACUGGUUUAUAUCUUCUGUAACCAAAGUCUACCUAGAUCGAAUGGGCAAGAUGCUAGUGCGGGUGUCCUCUCCUCAGCAAGCAAAAACAUAGGGCAUACACAGGAUCCAUGUCAAGUACCUCAGAUGUCAUUUGAUUAUCUUGUUUUAUUUUUUAUUUUAAUGGAAGAUGGCUGCACUUACAGAACCUCGGAAAUAUGUUUGUGAGCACUCACCAGCAGACCCUAAUAUACAGCCUUUCACAUCUACCCAACAAACCUCAGUAUCAGCCCUACCUGGAUCUAUUUUCUACUCAUAGGUCAUUUUUUGUGGAGCAGGUUUAGUGAACUAUACUCAUGUGAAUAAUAAGUUACAUUAAAUACAUGCCUAGUUUUGACAAAAAUGGGCAGGGCUCAAAGCAGAGGGAUCAUCACACUCUCGGGCAAGACAGGGGCAGAUAAUAUAAUUCAUUUGCAAUAUCCAGACGAUUAAAUGUACUUUUUUAUUUAAUUUAUUACAAAGAAAAUACUUGACUGAUAGGCCAAUGACAAAUGACCUUUACCUCACUCAUUAUUGGGCAAUUUUUUUUAAGUCCCAUCAGUUUAUUUCUGCAUGGGCAAACGCAUCACUAAACAUCAAACCAGAAAAAUACCUAAUCACAUCUCUGCUCAUAUACAAGCUGUUCCGUGUAUCAUAUAAAUCCUACCACAGUGAUGUCAUAUACGUAUUUUGAGAGCAUAUGAGUUUUUUGUACAUUGCAUCUGGAAGAACAGGCAUGCAUGUACAGGACUUUUGUAAAUUCAUGUAAAGUAUGGAAUACAUUUUUGUCUUUGCAUGUGAAACCAUGGGACCUGUUAGGAAUUAAUUAAGAUUGCAGAGUGGAAUUCCAACAGAUGAAUGUAAACAGAUCAGAAUAUAAAGAAUCCCGGAGAAUGUAACAAUAAGAAUAAUAAAAAAAAAAUAUUAGUAUGUUUUAUACUUCAUCUAGAUGAUGGGUAGGACAGAAAUAAAGCUGUACAUGUUGGAUAUUUGAAUACUCAGUGUUUUUCUUCUUGACUAAUGACAUGAGUAAGUGAUGUAUCAAAUUUGGCACUGUGCUGACAACUUCUCGAGGCUAUGAAAAACGUCUGGGAAACCUUUCGAACAGCAGGGGGCGUCACCGUACAGGGAAGCUACUGAAGAUCCAGAGGAUUAGUAAAGGUUCGUUGGCUUCCUUGCGAGUGCCAUUGUUGGCUAAAUAAAUGUCCAGUACGUUUUCGGAGGGCUAUUUCUGAACAAUCUUGUUUUACUUGAGAUGGGUCGUUUUAAACGUCGUGGUUUUGACACCAUCACCACAAAACAAGGACAAAGCAGCACGAAUGGGCGCAAGGACACACCUCGGAAGUCCGAUGGAAAAAGAGGCAAAAUGAAGCGACUCCUCUCUAAACCCUGCAAUCCACUGCAUAAGGGACUUGUCCUGUCGCCCAUAAAUGAGUCAACAUGCACAGAUCACAGAAAUGUCCCAACAGCUGCUACCCAGAGGAACAGAACGCUUGAGUCGAAAGACGCUGUGGCCGCACCCAAUUCAAGCACCGAUGACUCUUCCAAUUUUCCAGAAGGUGUUUCUUCCCAACUGACAGAUGGGACUGACUCAGGUGAUACUAGUACCAGCAGUGUGCAGUCGCCGGAGGUGUUCCGAAGAGGGGAUGUCUACGAAGAGAUGGUGGUCUUCCCGAGAGAGGUGUUGGACCUGCAUGUAAAGAACUCGACUCUCCUAGAUGUUAGCCAUGCUGAGAACAUCAACAUGCAGCAGCCUCCUAACCUGUCUUCCAUAGUAGACAUCUCCCAAAUGACACAGGCAAUAGAUCAGGAAAUAAGCCAGCUAGCACUGCCCAUUAGGUGGACAUCUUCGGAUAAGCUGUUCAAUUCCAUG